AUGGCUGGGGAACUGGCUCCGUGUCUUGGGAAGGGAGACAAAAAGUCUUAUGGGGACAAUGCACUGCAUUCCUCAUCCCUGUCUCUUUCUCUGGGUUUUUCACCUGUGCAGAAGUUUAUAGAAUUUGAAGAUGCCCUGGAGCAGGAGAAGAAGGAGCUGCAGAUCCAAGUUGAACACCUUGAGUUUCAGACCCGACAGCUGGAGCUGAAGACCAAAAACUAUGCAGACCAGAUUUCACGGCUGGAGGAACGUGAAUCAGAAAUGAAGAAAGAGUACAAUGCCCUCCAUCAGCGCCACACAGAGAUGAUCCAGACCUAUGUGGAACACAUUGAGCGGUCCAAGAUGCAGCAGGUUGGGGGAAAUAAUCAAACUGAGGGUGGUCUACCUGGGAGGAGUCAUCGCCAGUCAUGGAGGAAAAGCAGGAAGGAGCGUCCUAAUUCUCUGAACGUCUUCCCCCUUGCAGAUGGAAUGGUACGUGGGCAGAUAGGGGCCAAGAUCAUCCCCACAGUGGACCACUGGCACCUGAGUGACCUCGGCCAGCUGCAGUCCAACUCCAGCUACAAGUGCCCACAAGAUGAAAUGUCUGAAUCUGGGCAGUCUUCUGCAGCAGCCACACCAAGCACCACUGGAACAAAGUCCAACACGCCGACUUCAUCUGUGCCCUCAGCUGCUGUCACACCCCUGAAUGAGAGCAUCCAGCCCAUCAGUGACUACAAUGGCACGGGCAAGAACAGUAAGAGGGCGCGGGAGAAACGGAAUAGCCGGAACAUGGAAGUCCAGGUCACCCAGGAGAUGAGAAAUGUCAGCAUAGGAAUGGGCAGCAGCGAUGAAUGGUCUGAUGUUCAGGACAUCAUAGACUCUACUCCAGAGCUGGAUAUGUGUCAGGAUCCCAGACUGGAGCGCACUGGAAACAGCCCAACACAGGGGAUUGUAAACAAAGCUUUUGGCAUCAACACAGACUCUCUGUAUCAUGAGCUUUCCACAGCAGGAUCUGAGGUCAUUGGGGAUGUGGAUGAAGGAGCAGACUUGCUAGGGGAGUUCUCAGUGCGGGAUGAUUUCUUUGGAAUGGGCAAAGAAGUGGGGAAUCUGCUGUUGGAAAACUCACAGCUUCUGGAGACCAAAAAUGCUUUGAAUGUUGUGAAGAAUGAUUUGAUUGCCAAGGUGGACCAGCUGUCUGGAGAGCAGGAAGUGCUGAAGGGGGAGCUUGAAGCAACAAAGCAAGCCAAAGCAAAGAUGGAGAACAGAGUCAAGGAACUAGAGGAGGAACUUAAGAGGGUGAAAUCUGAAGUUAUUGUUGCCCGACGAGAACCCAAAGAAGAGGUGGAGGAUGACAACAUUCCCAUAGCCCAACGUCGCCGCUUCACCCGUGUGGAGAUGGCCCGCGUCCUGAUGGAACGCAAUCAAUACAAAGAGAGGCUGAUGGAGUUACAGGAGGCUGUCAGGUGGACAGAGAUGAUCAGAGCUUCCCGGGAGCACCCAUCUGUCCAGGAGAAGAAGAAAUCUACCAUUUGGCAAUUCUUCAGCCGCCUGUUCAGCUCUUCGUCCAGUCCCCCACCUGCGAAGAGGACUUACCCAUCAGUGAACAUCCAUUAUAAGUCUCCAACAGCAGCUGGGUUUAGUCAGCGUCGCAGCCACACCAUGUGCCAGAUCUCCUCUGGCAGCCGUACCCUUGAGUUCUUCCCUGAAGAAUUGAGAAGUAACACUGUUGCUUCUCUCCUCAGUGACUGUACAUCAUCCGCACGUCGCGAACAGAAACGCGAGCAGUACCGCCAGGUCCGGGAACAUGUGCGGAAUGAUGAUGGUCGCUUACAGGCAUGUGGGUGGAGCCUUCCUGCCAAGUACAAGCAGUUGAGUCCCAAUGGUGGCCAGGAAGACACCCGAAUGAAAAAUGUCCCAGUUCCUGUGUACUGUCGCCCACUGGUAGAAAAGGACCCCACCAUGAAGUUGUGGUGUGCAGCAGGAGUCAACCUGACGGGGUGGAAGCCUUUUGAACAGGAGUCUGGGAAUGGACAGAAGCUGGAACCUGGACGUGAUCCCCUCACUUGUGAUCGGGAAGUGGAAGGAGAAAACAAGAGUAACCACACAUCUCCAGAAAAGAAAAAGGCUAAGGAGUUGUAUGAGAUGGAUGCCACAUCCAGCCGAGUAUGGAUUCUCACAAGUACCCUGUCUACAAGUAAAGUAGUGAUCAUUGAUGCCAAUCAGCCAGGCACGGUGGUGGACCAGUUUACUGUCUGCAAUGCCCAUGUACUCUGCAUUUCCAGCAUCCCUGCGGCCAGUGACAGUGACUACCCCCCAGGUGAGAUCUUUCUGGAGGGUGAUGUGAAUCCAGAAGAGUCAUCUGGAACAGAUGGCGUCCUUGCGGGAAUCACUCUGGUGGGUUGUGCAACCCGGUGCAACGUGCCACGCAGCAACUGUUCUUCCCGGGGUGACACACCUGUACUGGAUAAGGGACAAAGUGAGGUGGCUGCAGUCAGCAAUGGGAAAAUCAAUCAGUCCCAGUCCACAGAAGAGGCAACAGAAGCUACAGAAGUACCAGAGAAUGGUGCAAGUGAAACAGAAUCAGUCCAAGUCCGGCCUGGUCCACUUACAGAACAUGUUUUUACAGAUCCAGCUCCAACUCAGGCACCUGGGAGGCAGAACAGUGAGAAUGGGCAGCAGAAGUCAGAGUCCAGCACAACACUGCCAGAGCAGGAAGCAAACGGUGAUGCUUCUGGAACCUGUACCAGUGCUGCACCCACCAUGUGGCUUGGAGCACAAAAUGGCUGGCUAUAUGUGCACUCAGCAGUCUCCAACUGGAAGAAGUGCCUGCACUCAAUAAAGCUGAAGGACUCUGUGCUGAGCCUGGUGCAUGUGAAAGGACGGGUUCUCGUUGCUCUGGCUGAUGGAACACUAGCCAUAUUCCACCGAGGAGAAGAUGGUCAAUGGGAUCUCAGCAACUAUCACCUGAUGGACCUGGGUCAUACGCACCAUUCUAUCCGCUGUAUGGCUGUUGUGUAUGAUAGAGUCUGGUGCGGCUAUAAGAACAAAGUCCAUGUUAUCCAGCCCAAGACGAUGCAGAUUGAGAAGUCCUUUGAUGCCCACCCACGCCGGGAGAGCCAAGUCCGGCAGCUGGCAUGGAUCGGAGAUGGGGUGUGGGUUUCCAUCCGCCUAGACUCCACGCUGAGACUGUACCAUGCCCACACCCAUCAACACCUUCAGGAUGUGGACAUUGAACCUUAUGUCAGCAAGAUGCUAGGCACUGGAAAGCUGGGCUUCUCGUUUGUGCGGAUCACAGCCCUGCUCAUUGCUGGCAACCGCCUCUGGGUAGGGACAGGGAACGGUGUCGUCAUUUCUAUCCCCUUGACUGAGACUGUAGUCCUCCACCGAGGCCAACUCCUUGGGCUCCGGGCCAAUAAGACAUCCCCAACAUCAGGAGAGGGGAGUCGCUCUGGUGGAGUCAUUCAUGUGUAUGGGGAUGACAGCAGCGACAAGUCUGCCAGCAGCUUCAUCCCCUACUGUUCCAUGGCUCAGGCGCAGCUCUGCUUCCACGGCCACCGGGAUGCUGUCAAGUUCUUUGUCUCUGUGCCUGGCAAUGUUCUUGCAACCCUGAAUGGAAGUGUGUUGGACAGCCCCUCUGAGAACCCCAGCACAGCAGCCACCGAGACCGAGGGGCAGAAGCUGAAGAAUGUCUUGGUGCUGAGUGGAGGAGAGGGGUACAUUGAUUUCCGGAUUGGGGAUGGAGAAGAUGAUGAGACAGAGGAGAACACUGGAGAUGCCACCCAAGUGAAGCCAAUGCUUUCCAAGGCUGAAAGAAGCCACAUUAUUGUGUGGCAAGUCUCCUACAUCCCUGAGUGAGAGUCUCUCCUUUUCUGCCAAUGUAACUCUCCCUCCUCCCGCUGAAUGCCAAGAUGUACAUACAGAACUCCUGCAUUAUAUCUACUGCUGGAAUCGGAACCUCAGACACCUGCAGCAGCUCCUGCAUUGGACUGCGACCCCAUUCUAACCUCUGAACGUGCAGCUUUCAUCUUGGGCCUGUAUGCUCUUUGAGUGCUCAGGUAGUUGUUCUCCUUCCAAUGCUGGUGUCUCCAAGGGAAAAAAAUGGAAGAAAAUCUUCAGAGUGAAGCUGGUGGUCAAGACCUGUGCAAGCACCUCUGAUUUGGAAGGGCUGGCCCAUGUUACCAGGAAGGCUGCUUCACUCCCACCUGCAUGAGAAGCAGUGCAUCUCUCCAACGUGCCCCACUGAAGUGAAGCUGAUGAAUCGCCGCUUGCCAACAGCUCCAAAGAAAUCUUUUCCUGUUCACCACAUGAAAUUCCUAUCCCCUCCUAUCUGUGUAGAUUGUACCCAGGCACAGAAUGUUACCCCAGAUCUAAGGGUAUCCUGUGUGCAGAGAUGGGACCACAAAAGGUUUCUGUUUGGUCGUAGGACAACAGUCCCAUGAAGAAGUGAUACAGUGAAGAAUACUUUCUGUAUAUGGAAAGAUGGAGUCUCCCUCCUUCCUCUACUGAUAUUGUUUGGUCAUUAGGUAACAUGGAGUCUGUGCUGGGCAAUGUGAGACUGGGAAGGACUGUUUGCUUGGUAGGGAAAUAGAAGAAAGGUGUCUGAUGUCAAAGGCCUCUAGCAUUCUGGAAUGCUGUAGCAGUGACUGCGUGCUGAAAUCUCAUUGGUUAGCUGAAGGAAAAGACAGAAAUACUUUUUCCAUAUAAGUUUUGGAAGGGAAAGUUUAAAGACAUGUAGGUUUCCUUAUUUUUACAAGCCUUAAACAUGCAGAGACAAGCUGAUGUUGUUCAAUGGAUGUUGAUUUGUAAAGUGUAGGUGAAGGCAACUUAAGCAGUCCUCUGUGUUGCUGUGCUAUGACUUGUAUGUUAACACAGUGAGGUUUUAUUGAAUGACUUAUGAAGACAACAUCCUGUUUUGGGCAUUGCUGACUUUCUGCAGGGAGAAAUAAGUGUAUUCCUCACCGUGACUGGGAGGAAAGGAUGUUACAGAUGGGGAACCAUGUCUUACCCAAAGUCACGCAGGCAACCUAUGACAGCAGGGAAUGAAUGCAGCUGUCCUGACUCCCCUUGCUGGUGCCCCAAGCACUGGACUGUUUGCAGUUCUGGGUGUGCAGAAAAGAUCAAGUUGUUUCACUACUGGAAUGCAUGAUGGUGCCCAGGAGAGACUUUUAUUGUCCUUCCAUGGAAUUGCAAACAUUAUUUUGUCCUGCAUACAGGAGGAGGAUGCAGUGUUCACUCCAGAAUGCAGAGGUGAGGAGUGACUUUCAUGUGCUUUGUCCAGCAUGUAUCUAACUUCCUGCCUAAGAGGAAGCAAGAAAUAACCUAUCCAGGCAGGCUGUUUGAAACUGGCCAUGCAAGAGCACAACAUUUAUGCUUGGAAGGUGUUUGUGUCCCUUUCUAACAUGCCCCUUUGCUUCUUUGUCUGCCUGCUAGGUGAGGCUAAAUUGAGGCUUUCAGGGAUGUUUUCCUCAUUUCCUACAGCAUAGCCAUAUUGUAUAGAUGCAUCCUAGGGCAAUUUUUGUCUUUCUCUGAUGCAUCUAGCUGUGGGCCCAGUUGGAGAGAAGAUACUAGAGUGGAUGGAACAAUUGUCUUGUAUGCUAUAGUAACUUCUGUGUUGCUGAAACAUGGUGCACAUGGAGCUGUAGCUGGAUGCAUCCUUUGUUUAGCAGCAAUACCUUAGCCCAGACCUUUGCAAACAAGCAUACUACAGAGAAGGCUGGGAGAGAGAGAGAGAGAGUACACAUCAGUCCAUUUGAAGCAGCAGUGACAUACCAGAGAACAGGGGCUUCAGCAUCCUGGUUAGCAGUGAGAGAGAAGUUUGGUGGUGCCACAAAUUGCCUGUGAGCAGUGUUGGAUUACUGAGGAAACAUACUAUGCUUCAAACUGAGGUAGGGAUGAGUUCUGAAUCAUGUCCUGCAGCCAUGUACCAGCUUUGCUGUUUGUGUCUACAGCAUCCUUUCAGUAGCUGUGUGGGCAGCAGAACACCUCCAUGGAAAGGGGUCUCCAGUGGGACAUGUUUGACUGAGGCUUUUCUGAAUGAGCCAGGCUUCUGCUACGCCAUGGCCAUGUUCCAGAAAUGCUGUCUGACAGGAGAAGUCACUGUGGGUAGCAACAGAGCAUGAGGUAGGGAAGGAGGAAGGAAAAAAAAUAGCAAGUUCCAUACAACAGGUACUACCACCAGUUAAUUUGGGCUGACAACAUAAAGUGGAAUUGACAUCGGUUGCUCAUUGAAAUUGGAUGCUCCAUAUGAAAAUUUAUGAAACAUUCUGUAUCUGUUUUUAUCAGUGACCGUACUUGCUCCUCUAUCUCCUACUGAUUGCUCCAAGGCAAAUGGAGAGAAGAGGUCUCAAAUCAUCUCAGCAGGUUCAGUUCCCUUGCAGCUUGAAGCAUGUUUUCCUUGAAGAGAAGCACACAUUUAAAGGGGGGCAGCUAUAGCCACUGCUGCUGUGUUCCUAUCAUCCUUCGGUGGCUACUGGGCAGCAAGGUGAGAGCUGAUUGGCUUACACUUCCCCAUCAUAUCUCCACUGUGAUGUAUGUAAAGUACCUUGUAUGUUAUAAAAGGAUUUAAAAAAAAAGUGUCUUAAGGCCUGUAAACUCCGCUGUUUGGUCUGAAGAUGGCAUUCUGUAAAGAGACUGCUGUAUGAAUACUUUCCCAUGCUUUGUCCCCUCUGCUAUCAAACAAAUGAACCAUAUCUGUUCUGUAUGUAAUAAAUGUGUUAACAUCA